CGUCGGACGUCCUCAUCCCUAACCAAGGACAAUCCGAAUCAAAUCAAAGCCUCCAAAAACAAAGAGGAUUCAGGAGGAGCUGGAUUGAGAACAGGCAGUACAGCAGAACAACUGCCAACCAAAAGAUGUAAACUCGAUCUUCUCAAGUGACAUCUGCCACUGCCAUUUCUGUCUUUGCCAGACCCUCUUGAAAGGGUGGCUGCAAUCUGGUCCUCCUGGUCCUCCUCCAAAGCCAACCCAGGUUGCGUAUUAUUAGUUAAUCCAUCGUCUUCCUCGGCCAAAACACACAGUCAACUCACCGCCAUUCCUCCUCAUCUGUUAUUUGACUCAGCCCAGUGUGGAGCUAUAAUCUGAGUUUUCUGAGUGUGACUCCGGCUCAUCAGAUGAAAGUCUGAGGUGCCUCUGGCUGGACCUCCUUUGGUGUACCUGUGCUCUGUUGGACUGUUUGGUAACAAGGCACUCUAUAUUUUGAAGUUAAUCAUCUUUCAGCUCCGGUAAGUUUUUCUAUUUGCAGGUAAGAUGUGGUUUAAAGACAGGUUUUGGUUUGUUAUUUUGGCAUUGAUCCUCUGCUACACUUGUUUAAACAAACUUUGGAUUUAUUUUUGCUUUCUUUGGAAAGACGAGGUGGAAGACACACACACACACACACACACACGUUACCCCUGGUUUCUCUAAUUGAACCCACUCAUUGACAUUAGUGAGAUAUACAGCUUUCAAAUUCACUUUCUCAAGAUGUCUGAUCAGCCCUGUCCUGCUUCACAAUGUACAUUUUAAAACCAAGAGCUUCUCAGGACAACAAUAGACUUAAGUUCACAGUUUCUGCUCUUAAUUCCACGUUUCCUCGCUUACGUCUGGUCAUGCUGACAUCUCCGACAACAUGCAGGAAUUUUAGAGCGAGAAAGGCAGCUGGAUUUGUUUGUGUUUUGGACCAAUCAGCAUCUGAUGAAGAUCUCAUCCUGCCAACUAUCAGCAUGUGGGUGUUAAUGACAGCAAGGAGCGAAUGUUCAUUAACAUCAGUCGAGCGAAGAAUGUCAUGGAAGGUGUUUCUUGAUGGAAUUUAUUUAUUUAUUUUUUCCCAGCUGGCUUCACCAACCGUCGUAGACAGUAAAAAAAAAACAAAAAAACAGAUGGUCCAUCCAACCUGCCAAGAAUUCUUUGAAAGCACCUGCCCUUUAUCCAAAUAGCUUUUGAAAGGGCCUUCCAAGAUGGUUCUGUGUAGCAAACCAUUAGGCAAGUGCAGGCUAAUUCCAUGCACGAAUGGAAAAACUAUAAAGAAAUUCUGCACUAAUAAAGAACAUAGUUGGGACAACUUACUUUUUAAAAUAGCUUUUAAAGUAGUUUUUCUCUCGCUGAGCUGGAGCCAAGUUGGAGACUUUGUUACUAAAAGAAUAAACAUUUGUGGGUUGACAUUUCACAUGUGUUGUAGGUGAACAAUACAAUUAUGACAUGUAUUUUUGUGUUUGUGUGUGUUCCAGGUAUUACUCAUGCUGCGGGAGCCUAUAUCUGUUCACACAGUCACAUUAUGGGGGCUCGUUUUCCUUAUGGGGACGAAAAGGAAGUACCCACAACGGCACCACCAGUAUCCAGCUGAUGUCAGUUGGAUCAAUGUAAGGAGCCUCGUGGAUGGACUGAUGUUCUUGCUCUGUCCCCUCCUCUGUCAGCCACCAUGGAGGAACUCCAAAGGAAACUGAAUCAGCGGUACGAAAGCACCAAGCCCAGAAAGGUAAGGUUCAAGCUCGCGUCGUCCUACAGUGGCCGGGUGCUGAAGCAUGUGUAUGAGGAUGGCCAGGAGCUGGACAGUCCGGAGGAGAAAUACCCUCACAGCUUUGUCCACCGCAAGAUCCCUCCCAGCCACCUGGAGAUGGAGCAGCUUUGUGGGUUUGAGGACGCUCACGGGGACCAACAAGGUCUGUGUCCUCCAACGGGGCUCAUUGCCCAAAGAAUAAAUGUAUACAGAGGAAUGGGAAACUACAAGCCAACUGCUGAUCUGACAGAGGGAGCAGAGGGAGACGCCAGCUCCCAAGUGUUGGAUUUUGGCAAGAUAAUCAUCUACACUAGCAACCUGCGCAUCAUCAGGGCACCACCAAAGAAUCCUGAGGUGUCGCGACACCACGCGGCGCCGCAUGUGGACAUGGAUGCAAAACCAAAGGCCAAGGAGAGGGUGAGCAGGAGGAGAGCGAAAGCUCUGAGUAUACAGGACGCGGAGGACAAAGAGGCGCACAGCAGCAACAUUAAGACCACGGAGGCAGACAGCUGCCAGCAUUGUGGUGGUUCGGGCUGCGCUCCCUGCUCUCUGUGUCACGGCAGCAAGCUGUCUAUGCUCGCGAACCGCUUCAACGAGUCCAUCAGUGAUCUGCGCUGCCAAGCCUGCUAUCCCCAUGGUCUGGAGAAAUGCCAGUCGUGCUCCAGCAAAUAGCACCAUUUGGCUGACACGCACGUCUGUCUGUCUGGCUGAGGGAGUGCGUGCGUGAGUGAGUGAAUGAGUGAGUGAGUGAGUGGUCAGACUAUACUCAGUGGCAAUAAUGCUCUAAUCCAAAAUGUUCUUGGUUGGGUGUUUUAAUCGCGACGAGGAAACAUAAGCCAUCACUGGAAAAGGGGAAUUGUGAGAGACACAGAAUCAUAAAUUACAAUUACUGCGUGCAGUGGAAACGGCUUGCGAUAAAAAAAGAACACAUAAUCGCUCCUUUGUUGUCACAUUAUUUUGCAUCUGCACUCAGCCUCCUGAUAACACCUUCAGUACAUGCUUCCACAACACAGUUAUCCUUCCGAUUUCUGCCAUGUCCCUCCGCUGCAUGACAGCUAUUGGCAUUAUUUUUCUUUCCCUGAAAGCACGGGGAGAAAUACAGGAGAAUAAAGACUGUAAUAUGGAAACGUAAAUACACACAGAUUGAGAGACGAGAGUGGGACAUAAUUGGAAACAUAAUAAAUAUAAUAAAAGUGCCUCGCUGCUGAUUAUGGUGUGUCACAGAAAGGGAGAAAGUCACACACUUUAGAAAAGCACACACUGCACGCCAGCAUUGCAAAGGUGUGACAUUCAAAAAAUACUGAUUUUUCGUUGGAGUAACACUUUGUCGAGAAAGUGUUCCAGACGAAACGAGAGGUGACAAGAAAAUCAUGGAACAGUUAAAUAAACGACAGUAAAUCUUUAAGGCUGUUAAAUUGCGUGUGUUAUUGUGAUUGUGUUUUAUUUUCGUUAGCGGUUUUUAUUGUUCUCAGGUGUUUUGACUUCAUUCACACACUUUUGGUAAGUUGAUAAAAUAAAAUACCUCCUUCGUUUCUGA